AUGAGUAGAGGCCGAGCCACUAGCCAGCAUAUCAUCGGCCAACUGCCGAAAGUUGAUAUGGAGCAAGUGAUAACCAGAUUUGGUAUCCCAGAGGUCGUCGUCUCGGAUAACGGCACCCAGUUUGCUGACAAAAAGUUUGGAGAAUUCCUGGCCGGCUUGGGCAUUAAGCAAAGGUUCUCGUCAGUUGAACACUCCGAGACUAACGGCCAAGUCGAGGCCGCUAACAAAGUCAUCUUGCAAGGCCUCAAAAAACGACUUAACCACAAGAUAGGGGCGUGGGCAGACGAGUUGGCCUCGGUCCUCUGGUCCUACCGCACAACCCAGCAAUCAUCUACCGGGGAGACUCCUUUUCGCCUUAUUUACGGGGUAGAUGCGAUAAUACCUGUGGAGAUCGGUGAGCUGAGCCCGCAACUGAUCUUGGGGGGAGUCGAGGAAGCCAUGAAAAAAGACCUAGUAGACAAGGCUAGGGAGGUAGCCAACUUGUCGGAAGCGGCCCUGAAACAAAGAAUGGCUCUAUGCUACAAUGCCAAAGUACUCAAAAGGAAAUUUGAGUAG